AUGGCUCUCCACGUGGAAGGACUUGUGGCUAUAGUUAUUUUUUAUAUAGUGAUUCUUCUUGUCGGAAUAUGGGCCGCCUGGAAAAACAAAAAAGCCGGCGUCAUGGGAGGUGUCGAUCGCAGUGAGACCAUAAUGGUCGGCGGAAGGGACAUCGGAUUGUUUGUUGGCGGUUUUACUAUGACUGCAACCUGGGUCGGAGGAGGUUACAUCAACGGCACUGCCGAAAAUGUUUACUUGCCAGAUUCCGGUCUGGCGUGGGCGCAGGCGCCCUUCGGUUAUGCUCUUAGUUUGGUGGUGGGUGGCAUGUUCUUCGCCAAACCCAUGCGCUCCAAAGGCUACAUCACUAUGCUGGACCCCUUCCAGCAGCUUUAUGGUAAAAGGAUGGGAGGUCUCCUCUUCAUCCCAGCACUGAUGGGCGAGAUCUUCUGGUCAGCAGCUAUCUUAUCGGCUUUAGGUGCAACCCUCAGUGUGAUUGUGGACAUCAACAUCAACAUGUCUGUGGUCAUCUCCGCCCUCAUCGCCAUCUUCUACACGCUGGUUGGUGGGCUGUACUCUGUGGCAUAUACAGAUGUAGUCCAGCUGUUCUGCAUCUUUAUAGGGCUGUGGAUCAGUGUACCAUUUGCAUUGUCCAACCCCGCUGUGUCAGACAUUGGGGUUACUGCUGUGAAUACAGUCUAUCAGAGACCCUGGCUGGGCAAAAUAGAGGCAUCAGACAUUUGGAUGUGGAUUGACAACUUCUGCCUUUUGGUGUUGGGGGGGAUUCCCUGGCAGGUGUACUUCCAGCGCGUUCUUUCUGCCUCUUCAGCCACAUAUGCUCAGGUGCUCUCCUUCCUAGCGGCGUUCGGCUGCCUGAUCAUGGCCGUGCCUUCGGUCCUCAUAGGAGCCAUAGGGGCAUCCACUGACUGGAACCGGACCUCAUACGGCUCACUGUCACCAACAGAGAAGGAGGAGUCAGAUUUGAUUUUGCCCAUUGUGCUCCAAUAUUUGUGUCCACCCUACAUCUCCUUCUUUGGCCUGGGGGCGGUGUCUGCAGCAGUGAUGUCAUCUGCUGAUUCGUCCAUCCUUUCUGCCAGUUCCAUGUUUGCCCGGAACAUCUAUCAGCUCUCCUUUCGUCAGCUGGCCUCAGACCGUGAAAUCAUCUGGGUCAUGCGGAUUACAAUCUUCGUGUUUGGGGCCCUGGCCACGUCUCUAGCACUGCUGACGGGCACCGUCUAUGGCCUGUGGUACCUAAGCUCCGACCUGGUCUACGUCAUCAUCUUCCCCCAGCUAAUCUGUGUGCUUUUCGUCAAGGCCACCAACACUUAUGGAUCGGUAGCUGGUUACAUCUGUGGCCUGCUCCUCCGCAUCGGCGGUGGGGAGCCAUACCUCAGAGUUCCCCCUUUCAUCUACUAUCCUGGAUGGACCCAGAUGAAAAAGGUGAAUCACCUGACACAUGAAGCUGAGUAUUACAUCAGGCAGAGGUUCCCCUUCAAGACUGUUUCCAUGCUUGCAUCCUUCCUGGGAAACAUUGCCUUUUCAUAUUUGGCAAAGUAUCUGUUUGAAAGUGGGAAGCUUUUACCAAAAUAUGACUUCCUGGAUGGUGUCGUCUCAAAGCACAGCAAGGAGAUCAUGGACAAAACCACAUUAAUGAACAGCGACAAUAUCACCCUGGCAGAGAUGUUCCCAGUGAAGUCACAACUCAGUACUACACUGGCUGGAACAUUUGUUAAUAAAGAGGAAUUAGACGAUAAGGAAACAAGCCCUGAUUCUUCUAACAAUAAAAUUAACUAGAGGUUUCUCAGGGUUUGGACUGAACAUUUUCCGACAAUGACACAAUACAGAUCUUUGAUGUUAGGUAAGUUAAACAAGUAAGUGUAAUAACUAUAUUUAUGUGGGUAAUUGUUUUUUAAAUUCUUUUAAGUGCUGCUACGUUUUGUAAACUAGGAAAUAGGUUUGCGUUUCAAGAACUAUUUAAGAAACUUAUAGGAGCUGUAAGGAUUGUACUUUAAUGAAAAAGUUUCAAGUCCUAAACUGUCAUGAUACAGUUCAGGUGUUGGUUCUUUCCCAUUAAACAGCUAUUGAUAUGGGAUAUAGUUUUCUAAAGGGAAAUGUAAGUGAAUGGCCAUAUGAUGCACGUUUAUUUGAAAUGAUGCUUUAUUUUCCAUUUGCACAAGAACAGGCACUUUGAAACUCUUCAGUUUUCACACCCAUCAUCUUGUCUCCUUUGUCACAUACACAUCUAUUCAAUUGAGAACAAAGAUCAAAUGGAUCAGGUCAUUUAUGCAGCACAUUUUGGGGGAAUAAUGGCCCAACAGACACAUGACUACUCUGUCAAGGAUGGGAUUCAAGCUGGCAACCUUCUGAUGCACAGGUACCAAGGCCUAACCCAAACACCACCUUAAAUAUAUGGGUACAAUUAUGUACAGCUAUGUAAAUGUGUACUGUUUGGCAAGGGCUUUAAGGGGAGUAUGUUCUUCUGAGAAGCGAAAACAAUGAAUUGUUCGUUACACAGAAUCUUGGUUGUAGAUGUUGUGUCUUCUUAGGUGAAUAAAGAGAGACAAAGCAGGACAGGGAUUAACACACGAACAAAAAAGGGGGUCAUUCUGUGAGAUAUGAAACAACAGAAAUCAGGCAUCGGUAGUUUGUUGGGGAUGAAAUAAAUCAAAGUGCAGAGCCAACUACAGCAUGAGGUAGGGGUGGGUGAUCCUCCCAAAUAAAUCGUAUCGCAAUCUUUUUACCACACAAUGGUGACGCGCAAUCUGAAUUGUGAUCUUUGUUCCCAGUUUGUAAAUAUACCAUGAAGAACACCCAGAUUGGAACAAACCUAAGGACUUAUUUAUUAGCACCAUUCAAAACACAUUGCUGUUACAACUGGCGUCAGUUGCAAUGCAAGCGAGGAAUCACCAGUCAGGCAGGCAAGGGAUCCAAAAUACGGGGUUUAUUCCGGGAAGAUGAGGGAUCACACGGAGCAAACGCUAACACACAUCAAUGACCGGUCUGGGAAACGGACGAAGACGUGGACGGAUAUACUGUACACAGAAUGAGCCGGAAAUAACAUGAAACAGCUGGGAACAAUCAGGGAUUCACACAAGGUUAAUACGGGGGUGUGGCACACAGGAGGAUCGU